AUGGAAACAAUAUUACUGCCGGCAUCAAACCCGACAGGCGCAAAAGAGAUACCAAUAACAUUGAAAGUUUUCGGACGAUUGAUUCAACUAAAUCUGCGUAAAAGUGCUAGAAUUGUAUCGCCUGCGUUCAAAGAAUGGAAAUAUAAUGCGAAAGGUGUGACAGAGAAAUUGUUUGAAUUAAACGUAUCAAGUCAUUGCUUUUAUUAUCAUGAAGAUCAUAUCAGCUCUGCGGUUAUCAACUUUUGUCAUGAACAUGGAUUGGAAGGAUUUGUUUUUGUGGAAAACAACACGUUAGAGAUACAGCCUUUGCAGAACGAUUUCACGCCUAUGUGUUUAAUCUACGAUUUUAGAGGACAAUCUAAUCUUUCACUUGGCAAACCUCAUGUUAUUAAAAAAUCAAUGGAAUAUUUUGCUGGUUCAAGUCUUUACCGCUGGGACAUGUUUAAACUGAAGCGACGUCACGUACGCAAUGUGCAACAAAAUUUAACCAUGGAACUUGCCGUUUUCGUCGAUGAAGCAGCAUAUAAUACGUUCAUGUCUAUUUUGGACAAUGAUGAGGAUAAGUUGCACAAUAUUAUAUUAGCGUACGUGAAUCGCAUCCAGGCUGCCUUUAAUCAUCCCAGUUUGGAUAUCUUUAUGAAUAUUACCUUAAUACGUUUGAAGAUGCCGACAGAACAGCUGUCAAAAUUGCCAGUUUCCGACGGCGAAGCUGGCCAACUGCUCGAUUCGUUUUGCAAAUAUGCAAAUUUUCUCAAUCCUACGAACGAUGAUAAUCCGAAUCAUUGGGAUAUAGGCCUUUACUUAACCGGAAUAGAUCUUUAUGUAGAUAUUCUAGUAAAACAUAAAGGGCAUUACAGAAAUACCAAUAACAUUGAAAGUUUUCGGACGAUUGAUUCAACUAAAUCUGCGUAA